ACGCCCCUGCGUCAGCGCGCUCAGCGCCGUCAGCGGCGUGUUAGCCGGCGGCGCGGCUGUGAGGAAAAUGGCUGCGUCUUCGAGUGGUGAGAGGGAGAAAGAGAGGCUGGGAGGCGGCUUGGGAGUGGCGAGUGGUAACAGCACACGAGAGCGGCUGCUGUCUGCGCUUGAGGAUUUGGAGGUCCUGUCUAGGGAACUUAUAGAAAUGCUGGCAAUUUCAAGAAACCAGAAGUUGUUACAGGCUGGAGAGGAAAACCAGGUCCUGGAGUUGUUAAUUCACCGAGAUGGGGAAUUUCAAGAACUAAUGAAAUUGGCACUUAAUCAGGGAAAAAUUCAUCAUGAAAUGCAAGUUUUAGAAAAAGAAGUAGAGAAGAGAGACAGUGAUAUUCAGCAACUACAAAAACAGCUAAAGGAAGCAGAACAGAUACUGGCAACAGCUGUUUACCAAGCAAAGGAGAAACUCAAGUCAAUAGAAAAAGCAAGAAAAGGUGCUAUCUCCUCUGAAGAAAUAAUUAAGUAUGCACAUAGGAUCAGUGCAAGUAAUGCUGUAUGUGCUCCACUGACCUGGGUUCCAGGGGACCCCCGGAGACCGUACCCAACUGAUUUAGAGAUGAGAAGUGGGUUACUGGGUCAGAUGAACAAUCCUUCCACUAAUGGUGUGAAUGGCCAUUUACCGGGAGAUGCACUCGCAGCAGGAAGAUUGCCAGAUGUCCUUGCUCCACAGUAUCCAUGGCAGUCAAAUGAUAUGUCGAUGAAUAUGUUACCACCAAAUCAUAGUAGUGACUUUUUGUUGGAACCUCCUGGGCAUAAUAAAGAAAAUGAAGAUGAUGUAGAGAUUAUGUCAACGGACUCCUCAAGCAGUAGUAGUGAGUCUGAUUGAAAAACCGUAAAAGACAAUAUACAGAAUUGAAUACUGUAGAAUUCCAUUUCUUUAACAGUAGCAGGGAAAUGUAAACCAUGGGUGACAAAGAAUAACCAGGUAAAUACUGGCUUUGGUAGAAUUGUGCAGCUAUUGAAAGUCAAAGUGAACUUUCUUUUUAAAGCCAAAGAUUAUAGUUUUAGUUUUAAGCCACUAGGUAGAUAUUUAGGGGAAUAGUCAACAUUUACUGUUGAAAAGAGAAAGCAGUUGCUAUGUGCUGUCUUACCCUGUUCUGUUCCAGUUUUGCUGGAUUUGUACGUAGCUGUUCUAGAAAUAGAGUUGAGGGAAAUGAUCCAUGUACGUAUAGGCUUCUUGGAAUUUAGAAAAGCAUUUUUAAGCUGGCAGUGGAUGACUGAAUAGGCAUCUUAUUUCUUUUUGUGUGUCAUUUAAAAGUAACAAAAACUCCCAUUUGACAGUAAAGGCUCUUGGCUUCUGUUGGAGGAAUGGGAAAUUAUCUCAAUUUGUACAGUUUGUAAUUAUUGUAAUUUUUGUAAAUAAAUUUGUUUGUACAUUGUAUGCUUUUUUUUUUUUUUUAGUUGAAAUAUACUGUCAGUGUAGGUAGGAAAUUAUUUCUGUAACUCCAGUUGCAUUUUAUAAUACUUAAGUGACUAACUGAACUGAAACCUAUUACAAGUAAUAGGUUUCUCAAAGGCCCACAUUCCUAUUAGAAGAAAUAAUUUUUUUUUAAUAAUUGAAAAACCUUACCACAGCCUUGUCUGAUUUUAAGAAUAGAUUGUGUGAAAAGAUUUAGAAUGGAAAGCAACCAUUUCUUCCCUUCACCUUCCUCCUCUUGCAGUUCCUCAGGAGUCACUUUUAACCACUUCUGAUUUCUGGUGGUAACCUCUGUAUUUAAGUAAUAUGCUUAUACAAUUAUUUCUUGAUGUAUCAGUUUUAGACAAUGUAUCUUCUGAUUUCAAAGGUAAUACAACAUUUAAUGUGAAACAUUUAGUGAAUACAGUAAAGCACAAAGGAGAAAAUAAAAUUGUUAGCAUUCUACCCA